AUGUUCCAUCCACGAACCAUCCAGUUAACCCGCCAGGGUGCUGGUUCCAGAAUUACGGGGCAGAUUUUGGCACCUAUUCGGUCAUUUUCUCAAACCCAAUGCCAUGGAGAUCAAGGCGCAAGCCCGAAGGGUAAUCCCAAUGUCGCCCCUAAGAAACCUUCUCCCUCCGGUGCCUCACCUCGCCCUGACCGUCGGAAGACCAGCGUACCGCCGGUGAACUUGAACCCGAAAAACACGACCUUUGAUCGACCUCGAUACCGCCGUGUAGUCGACGCAAGAUCCCUCGCGGCUCCCCAAGCCGGCCGUCAACCAGGAGCUAUUCUCCAAAACCCUAGGUUUCGGGGGAACCGCCCUUCUUUCCCUCCCCGUUCCGGAAAACCUACUAGACCUCCCGGCAAGUCUUCUGGAUUCAGGAACAAGAAGUUCGUGCGGGGUGGGCCGAGAUCAUCCGAGGCGGAUGCAGGCGAUACCACCCAAAAGGAAGAAGUCGAAAAUGCCUUUAUUGACAUUGUCGAGAAGGGGAAGCCGGUACCCGUUCGUUACAGUCCUCGGGCGUGUGACUAUGCUGCCUUGAAGGAGAGCUGGCCGGCUUUCCCGACUGAUGCGAACGCCCGUGCUGCUGGGGUUGCUGAAAAACUAUACAAGUUGGGUGAUCGCUUGCCCAAUGGCUAUACGCAACCAGAGGAGCUAGGAAAGCGUCUUUUCAUGGGCCAAUAUGUUCAAUUCGCAAGCGAAGAGGAACGGACGAAGGCUAUGGCUGUAGCCAACAAGCUAUCACAAGAACGUGCCGACAAGUUCUCGCAGCGGAAAGGCGAUGUCGUGGAACCUCAAGAAAUUGGCUUCGACCCACUACGGAAGGAAGAUCAGCAAUCUCUCAUCCAGUCUCUGGUGCAGGGGAGGUAUCCCAGCGCACCAACUCAGCAGGCGGACAAAUCCCCUGUCAUUGGGGAUAUCCUCAAGAAUCUCGGGAACAAUGAGACAUACCAAAUGGCGGGGAAGAGUUCACAAUUCAUGAAAAAGAUGGAAUCACUUCUGGCUGCUGGUCGUCCUGUCAAGCGUUCCUAGCGCUGGUGCCGUGACAUUGUACAAUAGUGCUUGUUUCCCGUCUGUCAUUCUUGGUCAUUGCAACCUGUCGCUCAGCUAAAUUUGUGUAAUUAAGGUGCAGAAAAUAUGAAUUAU